AACAGCUGUGCCACGAAAACAUUUCACAGCUACAUUUUUAAAAUGGCAAUUUUACUCAUUGCAUUUAUUUUGGUUGUUUAAAUUAAAAGUAUUGCUAUUACAAGUGAAUUUAAUAGUAACGGUAAUAAAAUUUUAGAACAAUAUUUUUCAUUUCAUGGAUAAAUUCAUAAAUUUUAUUUAUUUAAUUAAAAAAGUCGACUGAUAAUAGCGAUGUGUGAAUGUACACUUGUAACACCGCACAUUGCUUGUCAGUAAAGUUUUUGCUUGAUUGCCGUCUUGUGAUUUUUCUCCUUGUUUUAAUUUUCAUGAAAAUAACGGAAAAUGCCAAGUAACUGUAAUGUUUUGUAUCAAAUUAGUUCAGUGAUAAUACUGUGAAAGAGUGGGUUUGAAUGUAUAUCUUUUUUUUUCGAGAAAUAUAACGAUUGAAUUGUGCAGCAAAUGUAUCAAUACAAAUAUGAAACAUACUUUUGCUUUGUAAUAAACUAGGACGGUGACAAAAUGGAGCACGCAGAUUUGGUGGCCGAAAUGGUCCAGGUGGAACACCUGACCACACAGGAACGGCUACAUUUAGCAAGAAGACGGCGCAUGCAGCAACUAAAGCUAUGGCAGCAAAGGGAGAAAGAAUGGGCGAGGACCAGACCGAGGAAGGAGAAAAGCACCAAAAGGAAUAUUUAUUUUAGCGACAGUGUCAUGCUACUAGAAGCGGCAGCAAGAAAUGAUAUAGAUGAAGUUCGAAGAUUACUCGCGCGCGGCGUUACUCCGGACGCUACGAACGAGGACGGCCUAACAGCUCUGCACCAAUGCUGCAUCGACAACAACGAAGCGAUGAUGCGUCUUCUACUCGAUCACGGGGCGAACGUCAAUGCGGAGGACAGCGAGAAGUGGACCCCGCUCCACGCGGCGGCCACCUGCGGCAAUCUUAAUCUAGUCCGAAUAUUAAUACAACGCGGGGCCAACCUACUGGCUGUGAACGGAGACGGGAAUAUGCCAUACGACAUCUGCGAAGAGGAAAGAACAUUAGACGCGAUAGAAAGUGAAAUGGCAGCUAGGGGUGUGACGCAAAGGUUAAUAGACGAAACGAGGGCUGCUACUGAGAUGAGAAUGUUAUUAGACGUGGCGGAACUAGUCAAGGAGGGUAUGGAUUUGGACGAACCCAGGGACAAUCAGGGAGCGACACUGUUGCACGUGGCUUCUGCGAAUGGUUACAUGAAAGUAGUGGAAUAUCUCUUGGAGCAUCGGGCCUCCACCGACGUGGUGGACCACGACAUGUGGCAGCCGGUGCACGGCGCGGCCUGCUGGGGACAUUUCGAAGUAUUGGAGUUACUUGUGCAGUACGGCGCCGAUCUAAACGUCCGGAACAAGCAUGACGAAACGCCGGCAGAUAUAUGCGAAGAGGGCGAGCUGCGGAGUCGUAUACUGCGUCUGGCGGCCGAGCAGGAGGAGCACCGGCGCCACUCCGCCGCCGACCGUCUGCGCAGCGCGCGCCGCUCCUCCUCCACCGCCAGCACCAGCAGAGUGCGGUCGGUGCGCCGGACGUCGCUCAGGGAGAAGCAGCUGACGGCCAAGGCGGACGUCCGCGGCGAGGCGAGGCUGCGGGAGACGUUCGAUUCUGUCGUCGACGACGAACUGCAGGGCUUAUCCAAUGGCAUUGAAAAUGAUCAAAACAGCGCCAACCUACAAUCAUCAGAUCUAUCGCACAAAAGAGUGUCAACCGACUCUACAAAUUCGAACCAGAGCUACGACUCCAAUGUCGAAUACGCAGUCCCGAAGCACACUUACAACCAACGGGGACCGCAUAGACCCAGUGACGUCAGCGACGCCUCAGACAGCAUACACUUCAACCAGUCCAAGAUCAGCAAUCCGCUGUUCGGCGUGAACGCGGCCUCGCAGUACGCGCCCGGUUCGGUACCCGCCCCGCAACUAGAGGCGGUCAACGAGCAGACCAGACAUUACGACAGGCCGAACGUGCCGAACGGCGUCAGGAAAGCUCCCGAGGGCCAGGACAACGACCCCUACAAGUCCGAGGACGCUUUAGACGGUAGGAAAGAGUUGAUCGUGACACCGAACCAGAUCGCGAUCACAGACGGAGGCACGGCCACUUACACCACAGACAAUAAUGGUAAAAUCAAUGUUCAUGUCACCGUCAUGAUUAACGCAGGCACAUUAGCGGACUUAAAGAAGCAACGUUCGCAGAUAAGAACGAACGGAAGUCCAGUAGAGAAUAGUCUGAAUUCGACAAACAAUCACAGUAUCAGUUCUCUGAAUGAAGCAAAGGACAUGCCGGUUCAGCUGAAUCCUCUGACCCUAUCCCCCAGUUCCGGGACCAUGCCGCGUUUUUCCGGGAACACCAGUGACGUCGUCGGCGACACCAGGUCUCAUAGGUGCUGCGUCAUAAUGUAGAUGUGUUGCAACCAGAGAAAAAUAUUUCGAAAUCGUAUCCCCGUUGGAGACAGAUUAUCCGAUAUGAGGGCCAUUUGUGGACUAUAGCACUGACAAUGUAAAUGUAGCCUAGGGUAAAGAUGGAAUAUCAAUAUCAAGCUGUACUGUGCUGACUUAAGCUGAUUUUAUCGUGCAGUGUUUUGUCAUCGCACGUGAUCAGAUGCGCGCGAGUGAGAUAGACGAUAAUAGCACAAUGAGGGACUAUACUUAGGCCAUUACAAACGUGCGAACUGAGUCAUAAAACAUUACGGCAAAGGGAUGUGACAAUGCCGCGCACCUCGAUAUCGAUAAAGGGAUGCCGCUCGGGUUCAGGUAGUCAGAUCAGACGUGGUCGUUGAUGACUGGUACAUGUGAAUUGGGUGGGUUGUGGGUGUUUAUAAAAAUUGUGUUAGUUAUCAUUAGACAACCCUACGGGAACCAUGGAAGCAUUAUUCGAUAACUUAGCUUUGUUAAAAUUAAAGGGCGAUAUUAACGUCCAAACUCGUUCGGUUAUUUAUAAUGUGUUGGUAGUGCUUAACGAAUUAAAAAAUGACCCGAAAAAAAUAUUUUUUAAAUUUAAUAAAUAACGUUUUUUAUGUAAUUAUAUUGAUUUAAGUUUUAUACACGUAACACUAGAACUGUGAGCGAAAGAUCCGAUAUGUCUAUAAGUGUGAGCGAGAGGUCUGAUAAAAAUUAUUUAUGAAUCAGUUCGCACGUUUGUAAUGGCCCAAGUAUAAUCGAGACGUUUUGAAAAAAAAAACAGACCCACACAGCGCAGGCGCGUGUUAAAUAGAGAACAAGGCAGCAUAGCUUGAUGUUAAUAGAACCAAGUGCUUCUUAUAUCUCGUCGGGACAUUUUGUGUGAAAAUUGUAUCCAUGAUUUUGUUGUAUGCUUGGUAGCUGUGCCACACUAUAUUUCGUUGCCUUUUACUAAAGGAUGUGAUUUAAAAAAAAGUCUGAUUGUCAUUCCAGAAAGUUAAAACGAUUAUAAAAAAAAUGUAUUUAAAACAAGUUUGAACGACCUAAUUGUAACAACGGUGACUCCCAUUUUUAAUAUAGCAAAAUUUUGAAAUUUUCAAGCGAAUUCUAAUUUUGAAUCAAGUCAAACGACUUUUUGCAAUUUUGUUGCCAACAUGAAAAACCAGUUUUUAUUUUAUUGCCGAUCAAGUAUUGCCAUUAUUGCUCACGCGCAGACGGGCUUGCCAACGGCUGGGAGGGAAUACAGUGUGAUAGUGUCAUAAGAGCUCAAUCUUUAAUAUUUUUAAGUAGAUUAUACACAUGGAAAUGUUUUAAUUAAUCAUAAAUAAUCCUAUAUAUUCAAAUGAUUGUUAAAUUUAUUUUUAGUUUAUAAUUACUGUGUAGCUAUUCUCCUUUUAGAACAUUCCAAUUUAUUUAUAGUUUCGUACGUUUGUUUGCAGUAUUGCCUGUAUUAAUGAAUGAAAAUGUAAACGGAACAAUUACGUAACAUUUAUUCCUAAUAAAUAAUAAUUAAGUGCCUAUUGAAUCGGAAAGAAGCUCGUCUAUGUGAAACAUGGCGUUUAAAAAAAUACAAAACAUUAAUAUAAUAAGUUAUUGAACAAAUUAUAAUGAGUAUUUUUAUUAUAAAUUAAUUAUCUUCGCUUCUAGUUCAUAAAUAGUCCAAUUUAUUUCGGGACUUGAUUGUUUGUGAAAUACGAAGGUUUAGAAAUUUUAAUUAAAUUUAUGUCUACGAUUCUAAAAUAAUAUUAUACUUUUGGAAUUCUAAUGUUUAACAUGUCCUAUUUUUCUUCUUGAGAAAACAUACCGACUUUAAACAUUAUAAUAUUAUAAUCCUCUUUCGUUCGUGAUGAUAAUAUUGUUCAUAUCACUAGACAGGGGUUGCUUGUUUGGUUAAAAUAAAACUAUAUACUAUCUUGUAAUAUCAGAUGUGUAUUUGAGGGUAAUUCUGAAAACGGUUUCGCGAUUCGUAACAAUGUACAAAGACUGGAUUUGUUAUGUAAGUUUUAACUGUGAAUAGGAACUGAGGUAUCGCGAAAACCGUGAACUAGAUAACGAUUACCUUAGAGAUAUUCUGCGUGUGUUCCUUGAACGUAUUCGAUUGUGUAAAAUUUAUAAAUUACUUUUUUAAUUAUGUGUAUUAGUAGAAUUUAUUUUUGUUUUAUAUCGUUUCAACAUUUUCACUAAAUGUUCAUUGUUAUAAUGCUGAAUGGUGUAUAGGAUUUAUUUUUGCACAAAGAACACAAAAGAGGUUUCGUUUUCAAUUUACGUAAUAAUAGGAAAAUAUCGAAUCACGGUAGAAACCGCGUAUCGAUUCAGUUUGUAUUUGAGCAGCUGGUAGUUGACGAACCGAAGGGGGCCACAUAGCGUUCUUGUCAUUUAGUAGGUCGCAAUGUACGACGCUAAGAAAAUAAAACCUUUUUGUUCUUAUGUAGGCUUUAGUGAAAGAUUACGUGCGUGCGUACGUUAAAUUAAAAAAAAUGUUUAGUGUCGCCCCGAAAUGAUAGAUGGCGCUUUUUUUCUUUUUCGAUUAUAUUUUGAACGGCUAAAUACUCAAUUAGUGCCAAUUUUUACACUUCGUAUACAGCAAGAGAAUUUUUGAAUGUUAACAAAUUUUCGUCUCCAAUAUUAUUUUGCCUGUGAAUCAUUAGUCAUCAACCAUGCACUUUUGUUAGUGCGUUUUCAGUCAAUUCGUAAUUUCCACAUAUUAUGCCAUUUCAUACUUAUAAAAUUAAUUUGAUUUCACUAAACUAUGCGAUAAAAGUUAAUAGAUUUGAAAUCGCUGACGUGAAUUGCCUUGCCGUACAUAUUAUAUUAUAUUAAAUUGCCCGUUUACUGAAUUAUUUUGCCAAUCGUUGUAAGUUGUCAAAUUGCACUUUUCCAAACAACAUAUCUUAUCUUCAUUUAGAACAGAAAAAAUAAAUUGAAAAAAAAAGUGUUCAUUAUCUGUGGUAUACUCGUUAAGAAAUUGGCAACAUUCCAUAUAUAUUUUUUCAAAUAUAGUAUUAUCUACAGUUUUUUUUGUUUCUAAUUUUCUUGUAGUUUUCAUAUUCUUAUUCUAAUCAUACCGUAAAAAUCAUUCGUCCAUAUUUUAGUCACUAGUUUAAUUAUAAAUAUUUAAACUAUGAAAUCAUUGGUACUUAAAAAGUACUUAAACGUGUAAAUACAAAAAAUGAGAAGUAAGCAAUACUGAAUGGCCUUAAUAAAGAAAAGCACAAUAUAUUUUUUCCAUAAUUAUUUUUAUUACAGUAUUAUUAUUUUUAUUAGCAUUUUUAAAAGCAUUUUUGGUACUAUUGUAUCUUAUACGUAAGAAGUUCAAAUGUAAUUUUAAGUUGCAUAUUUCGUUCCGUUCCUCACUUUAUUUGGUUGUGAUGGCGUCGCCUCUUGCCCGGACGUAUCAAUAACAAAUUAUUUAAAAAAAAACCUUUAAAACUUUAAAAAUAUCGAUCUCAGUCUAACUUGAGAUUCUCCCGUGAAAGUACAUAACAGCAUCUAUUUUUUUUUCUCAUAUACAUAUUUAUUUUAAACUUCGUUUUUUAUUUAGUGAAAUUUCUUGUGAACAAUAAUUGUGUGCCUGUAAAUCAGUCUUGCCUUAAUAAAAAAAUAUUCCUCUGUUGUAAUAUUGUUAUCGUGUGAUCAUAUUAUGUACAUAAACGAUUUAAAUACGUAAAAUAAUUAUUAAUGUUCAAUGUUUGUUAGGAAUAGUGACUUGUUGUCGUUGCUCUUGUAUAUAAGAUAUGUAAUUUAAUGGAGGAUUUACACUGGACAGUGACUGUCGGCAACUUCGCUUGUAUUAUUCACUUGAUGGCUUAGUUCAAGUCUUGUUUCAUCUCGGUCUAGUGCUGUUUGGAAUAUGAUAUUCUUUCGAGCCAGUGAUUUUCAGCGUUGAAAAUGUGCAUUCAUAUUUCAUUGUUUUUUUUCUUUGUUCUUUUCUAAGCCACAUGUGAACAGCGAUAUCAAGUAAUAUUGGCCUCUGAGAGUGUCGCAAGUCACUGGAUCAAUGUAAAUCAGCCACGAACACACUUCAGAACCUUAGUGUCAAAUAAAUGUGUUCUUUAAACGUUAUCACAGCAUUUUUGAUGGUAUUUUAUGUACAUUUUCUGUGUGUGAGUGUAUUUCUUUUCAAUACAUUUGACGAUGGAUGUACGUCAUGAAUGUGGUUCGUUCAUUUACUAUAAUAGUUCCAUCAUUCUAUUUAUCAUACAAUAAUCAUUCACUCAUUCACUCAUUCGUUCGUUAUCGUGGAGUGAGCAAAUCGUUAGUAUUUAUAAUGUUCGAUGAGUUAGCCUAGUGUACGAUAUAUCAAUUGACCUGUCUUAUUGAAUCGUUAUGGGUCCUCGUUUGUUGAUAGUUGUAGGAUGAGACUGUUGACUUCGAUCGUCGUAUCUGUUGAAAUAUAAUCGCUGAAAUUGUGAAGGCGAAAGUGAAAUUUAAGUGUAUCGACAUCAGAAGAACUCCUUACAGUAAAUAAUCGGGUUUAUGUGCUGACUACAAUUUUUAGGUCCAAUAAUUACCAGAGUUCUUAUUCGGAAAAUGUAGCACAGAUAUGAAAAAAUGCGUUAGAACUAAUUAUAAAGUGAUACAAAAAAAAUGUCUAAUCCACACAAAUGAAGCGACACAUUUAGAAGCAUUCUAUCUUAUUCUCUUGCAAGUUAAAUCUUAUAGAUGCAAUAAAUAAAUACAUUUGACUCAUUUUAGUUUGGCUUUUUUUCGUUUGACCGAAUUUCAAAUCAAAACGGUGCUAAAUAAGUUUUCACUUCAAAAUAGAAAUUAUCGAUAAAUAUAAUCGAUAUAAUCCUCUGAUGUCGAGAAACAUAUCGCCGCCUCUAUUGUUACUAAAUGUUUAUACUUUAGGCUAUAAUCCUUAUUAACGGUAGAAUAUUAAGAAAUUUGUAGGAAAAUUUUUAAUAAACAAUAAUGUAGAGUGUCUCUUGCCUAAAAUACUAAAUUUUAAUAUCACUUAAAAAAUAUUAAUUUUAUUUAAAAAAAAAAGUACAAAUAAGUUUUUUUUUAAAUAAGAUAUAUCUAAUACAUUUGAACUGUUUUAGAAUAAAUGUUUACAUAGCAAUAUGAUUUUUAAGAGGCAAUAUAUUAAAGAGGUUUAUUAAAUUCUUAAAUAUCAAAAGUAACAUGCUAUUGAUCCAAACUUUAUGACUAUGCUAGGUGAUUGUCAACAAGAAAACUUAUUCUACAUAGUUUGGAUUACACGGACCCGUAUCGAUCUCAAGGUCAUAAACGGAAACUAUUGUAAUAUUUAGAUUUAUCAUUUUUAAAGAAAACUAUUCACAUCGACGGUCGCGUAUAAAUAACAAUACAGUAGAAUAAAUCUGAAAUAUUUAUUAAACUGUGAAGAAUAUAUCCGAUGUGGCUUUAAUGUCGAUAAAAAAAUUCAAUUACCUUGUUACAUCGUAUUGGAAAGAAAAUUUAUAAGUAAUACGAAGUCUUCAAAUAAACUUAUCUUGUAGAGAGGUGUCUAUUGUUCAAAAGUUGUAGUUUUUUUUUAAUGUUGUGUAGUUUAAUCUAUAUUUGUAUAAUCUGUCUUAUUACAAUGAGUGAACUUUGAAUGAAUGAAUAUUAUCUUAAAUUUAUUGUGAUCGAAAAUUAUUUUCAGAAUUAUAAUAUUAAGAAGGUACAUUUUACAGCUAUAUUAGUCGGAUCCUAUUUUUUUGCGUUUUAUUAUUAAAUUGUAUUAAUAUUUACUUAGCACUGUGUACUUAAUCGUAGUGAAACUAUUGUUACUUUUAUCUGUGUGUGUUAUGUAGGUAGGUAUAUUUACUUUUUUACCCAAAUAAUGGAAAAUAAAAGUACACGAAUACAAUGCAAAUAAAUUGCAAACAAGAAACUUUAACUUUUGAACUUUAGAUUCAAUGAAUAUACUUAAAAGUUAUAUAUUAUAAGAAAAUAAAUCGUUUGUUUCAAUCGAAAA